GCGACAAGGUGACAGACAGACAACAGAGGGAAGUGAGACAGGACGAUAACGGACCUGACGAGACGGGACUGGACAAGACAAUUGACAAACACAAGGAGGAGUCAUCCAUGGCGUUCACACUGAGGAUGAAGUGACAGAAAGGGGGGAUAGAGAAAACAGAGAGAAGGAAAGACGGAUGGAAACUGAUACAAGAGAAAUGGACAGAGGGAAUGGUAAGGAGGAGGGAGAGAAGGAACAAGGGAUGGAUAAAGAGAUGAGGGAAAAGAGAAGAAAGAUGGAGGCGGAUGACAACGUCGGGGAGUCUGGGGAGAGCGGCGAGGCCAGGCACCAGAGAGCACAGCCCCAGCUGGGGCAGAGGGCCUUCACCCUGGUGGGCCUCAACCACCAGCACCUGUUACUGCUGGAGACGCAGAGAGGUGCAGCGCUGUCCCCCUCCCUGGGCACUCUGCCCCCCCUGACAGGCCGGAGGGGUCCAGGAAAGCAGAGCUCCAUGGCCGCCUACAGACUGAACCCGCCGGAACCCCCAGAGCCUGGCCAAUCACAACCCGGCAUCGUCCGGGGGAGCAUUCCUGUAGAACUCAGAGACUGGCAGAAAGGCGGUGGCUGGGGCACCCUGAUCAUGGGUCCUGAUGGUGACAUCAUACGACUCUCUCUGUGGGACCCCACGGGCCAACAGCAGCUCUCGCUGGAUGAUGUCACAGAGGAACACGCUGUGAGGAUCCUGGUGUCUGAGGGGGAGGAGGCUGGUCAGUCCUGGACUCUCCUGCUGAAGCCAGAGGCCACAGUUCCAGGGGAAGACUGCUUAGGCAAAGCCAACGUUACCUCAGACAACAGCGAAGCAUAUCACAGCAGUAUGAGGAGAGUCACCAGGGUGGGUGUCUGUGUCAAUGAGAUUAAAUCUGAAGGCAGGUGUGGAUCUGCAACUGACAACGGUGCACCUGUAGAAGGACAGGUGCUACUUCUUACCCAGUCACAGACCUCCAGUCAGCCUCAGACACCUGAGAGAAGGGGAGCAGCGUCAGGUGACCAGCCUGUCAUAACAGCUCAUUCUACUCCUCUUCUCACAGGAGAGGAAGCAGAGAAGAAGCCAGGAGCGAGAGGAAGGAUAGCGCAGCACACUGGAUCGGACAGAAUAAGAGAAAUGGACAGAGCAGGAGAGGACACGCUCCCUGACGCCGACAGAGACUCGGCGUCCCCCUCAGUGCUCAGAGACGACUCCUUGCCCUCCAGCCAUCCCACAAUCCCUCCUGUGGAGGCUCCAUCAGACCCAUCUAUCCCACAAUGCCUUUCAGGAGUGGACCUAGAGGCCAUGGAGACCCACACCAAAACAGCUGGCGCAACUCCAUCUGUGAGAGAUGUGGAGCGAGAGAGACGAGGAGGAGGAGGAGAGAAAGGAGGGAGAAGGAUAGGAAGAGAGGAGAGGAGGAACAGAGUGGAGGACAGGAAAGACAGAAGGCCUCACAGAGACAGCAGAGGGAGGAGAAGGGGAGACACGGGGAGGGAGGCCUCCCGGAGGAAGAGGAGGAGGAGAAGGAGGAGAAUGAGGAGGUGGGGGAGCGCAGAAGACCGCCUGAGAAGGAGAAAGGAGCUCCUACUGCCUCCUCAGUGGUGCGUCACCUCCGCCCCAUCCAAAGCAAUAACAUCUCAUUAA